CCACUUGCUUCUCUCGAAAAGUAAAAAGUGUGUGUAUUUCCUGUUCCUGCUCCGUGCAUGUACUGAGGCUAACGUUAGCAUGAUGUUGCGGUUACUCCUUCUGACUUUGCUUCUCACAGUGAAGGCUUCUGCAACAGACACUGAUGGUUCAGGAUACUACACAAAUAAUGAUGAUGAAGAUGAGGAACCACAAGGAACACCAUAUGUACCACAUAUUGCUUCGGAAGUGAAAAACGAAGUCGGAGCCCACAAUGCCGAUGCUGAUGAUGGAAGCACCACUAUCAUUAUCAUAGCAGCAGUGAGUGUGGUCGCUUUGGCCAUUGUGGCUGUUAUAGCUGUAGUUCUCUUCACACGUCACUUGCAGAGACGGGAACAAGGUGUGUACAGUGUACCAGUGGAGCAGGGCCAGAAAUGCGUCUAAACUUCCAGUUCUCCACUUCUGCUUGUGGGAUCUCAUCAGGGACACCUCAACACAAAAAAACACACUGUCAUGUGUGGCCAACUCUUCUGCCCUGGCUGCCCACUAAUACCUGCUGCAAAACCCCUUCAUUACUCAACCUGCCAUUAUGCCAAAGCAGAACCAUUUUCUUACUGUCAUCACCUUUUGCUUGUUUGUAGAUGAAUCAAUUUUAAAUGAAUGCACUCUUUCGUUGUAAUAACAUGGACCAAAGAACGAUUUCUGCACCACUGAUGCGAUUUGUUUCUAAUAGAGACAAGGUGUUUUAUAUAUAUAUAUAUAUAUAUAUAUAUAUAUAUAUAUAUAUAUAUAUAUAUAUAUAUAUAUAUAUAUAUAUAUAUAUAUAUAUAUAAAUAUGUAUAUAUAUAUAAAUGUGCUAUUUGCUGCAGGGUAGCCCUCAUGAUUCUUUAUCUAAUCCAAAUCAGAUGCACUUUAAGCACAUGCUGUUCGUCAGAGCAAUCAGAUAAACGUCCUACAAAUUUUCCAUUUAUGGUAAGCCAGUUUUUUGCAUAUUUUCCAACUACCCUCAUGCAGAAUGUCUACGGUAUUCAAAGGAGAAUAGGAAAAAAUAAACCUUGUAAGAUGUGUAGGACCGAACUGGAUUAAUAAAAAGAAAACAACAAAAAAGUAACCAGAAGGUGACUGAGAAAGUAGGGAUAGAAAAUUGACAGCUCUAUUUUACACCAAAACACGUUGUAUGUUUUUUUUUUUUUUUUUUGUGGAUGGUGCUUUUUUAGCACAAAUGAAUUCUCUGGAAUCCCAGGAUUUGGAGGGUCCAAGAAAGCACUAUUUCACCCAGGGAAUCUCUGACAGGCAUAGCUUUUUACAUAUAUGUUAAACUGACAAAGUCAAAUCACCUGUGUGUGGGCGAAAAGGAGGUGUGAAACGCCUACACAGGUGUUGUACAUUCAUUCUUCCUUUUACCUGUUUUUCUCGCUUUAGGUCUUUCGUACAAAUAAAGUGGUGCUCUAAUUGCAGAGGCCUCUGGGAGUUUGAGCUUGAUAGUUAAAAGAGUAAGUGUGUGUGUUGAGCAGCACUUGUCUAAAACCAAUGCAGCCUACAGUAUAACUAUCCUGCAAUGUCACUCACUCAACGAAUUCUGAUGCAAUUUUAGGUUACAAAAACAUUUCAUAUCAUUCUUUAAUUGGUUUUGACAACACAAAUUCAUCUUUCUAGGAAAACUUGUAGGGAUUAUUAUUAUUAUUAUUAUUAUUAUUAUUAUUAUUAUUAUUAUUAUUAUUAUUAUUAUUAUUAUAUAUUUUUUAGUACAAAGCCUUGUCUGAAACCCAUUUCUCCGUUCAUGUUUUUUUCUAUCUGCUAUGCACCGGGUAUUGAUUUUACUCAUGAUGACAGAUUACUUUUAAGUGUGUGUUCUCUGUCCCGUCUCAAACUGUUUUACUAGAAGAAGAGAAAUGUACUUAGCCAUUUUAUGACAUCUGUUACUGGCUUGUAAUGAGGCCAUUUAUUACACUUUUGAUGGAUUCAAUUAGAAAAGAAAUACGUGUUGUGGAAUGCAGGGUUGGAUAAAGCCAAAAAAAAAAAAAAAAAUCAAAACAAAGCAUAUUUUUUAGAGCUCGUGAUUUUCAAAUCUUAUAAAUCAUGAUGCGGUCAAAAAAUAUAUAGUCAUCCCAGAAUUAUUUGAAAUCAUCAGCCUCCAGGCACCUCUCACUGACAUUUAUAGUAUUUUGGAAGUAGCACAUCUGAUCAUUUGUCUGUUAUCAGACUCUACUUAUGUUUUCACAUUUUAUUAGCAUUCUUGAUUUUAAAGCUUUGUUUUUAAGGCGUGGUGUUGAGAAGCUGUGCUAUAACUGCUUUGUUAAUAUAUGCUGUUUAGGAUUAAUUUUGUCAUUUAAAUAUUUUUAUAACAAACUGUUCAUACUGCAAUGUCUAUCAGCAAGUUUGCUUUCCAAGCACGUGAAAUUAUAGUUCAGUUUAGGGUUGACUAAUAUUAGGGAAUUUGAGUGUUACUUGUUCUUUAGUAGAACAGGAAUACUGUCUCACUUUAUCAAUGUUUAUUUUGUUGUUUGUUCUGUAAUCAGUUAUUCAUAUAUAUGACAAUUGUCACUCAAGGACUUUGAAAUGAUGCAAUAGUUUUGAAAUUUCUACUGGAGAUAAAUGUCUAUUAGAAUUUUGUCUUUUUUUUUUUCUACCAGAAUAUCAAAUAAAAUAUAUAUUUCUUUCUU